AUGGGCGCGGACGACGACGGUGACGCGCGCGACGGCGACGCGCGCGCGGCGCUGGCGACGCUGACGAAUUACGAAAAGCUCGGACGCAUCGGCGAGGGGACGUACGGGGUGGUGUACAAGGGACGGUGCAAGACGACGGGCGACGUCGUGGCGCUGAAGAAGGUGCGCAUGGAUCGCGAGCGAGAUGGGAUGCCGCUGACGUCGCUGCGCGAGGUGAGGAUACUGCAGCGCGUGCGACACGAAAACGUCGUGCGGUUGCUGCGGGUGAUUCAAGGGGACGCGCUGAAUAACGUGUUUCUGGUGUUUGAGUAUUGCGAACACGAUUUGGCGAGGCUGAUCGAUAACGUCAAGACGACGUUGACGACGAGUGAGGUGAAAUCGCUGAUGACGCAGACGCUGCGAGCGGUGGAGUACCUGCACGAGAGGUUCAUCUUUCAUAGGGAUUUAAAGCUGAGCAACUUGUUGCUCAACCAACGCGGGGAGUUGAAGCUUUGCGAUUUUGGUUUGGCGCGAACGUUCGAACCGAUCGAUAGAGGGAGUUACACGCCAAAAGUGGUGACACUUUGGUAUCGCGCGCCGGAGCUGCUGUUCGGGUGCGACACGUACACGAGCGCGAUCGAUAUGUGGGCCGUCGGUUGUAUAUUCGCCGAAUUUCUCAAGCACGAGCCCUUGUUUCCGGGCUCGACGGAAAUCGAGCAAUUGAACAUGAUUUGCGCUUUGCUCGGAAGCCCGAACUCACACAUUUGGCCUGGAUGGGACGCGUUACCGCACGCGCGCAAGUUCAAGUUGCCCGAGCAACCGUACAAUUUUCUUGAGAUUAAUUUUCCAAAACUCUCCGCCGCGGGCGUCAACUUGCUCGAUGUGUUACUGACGUUUGAUCCGGAGAAGAGAGGGACGGCGACGGAGGCGUUGGCGCAUCCUUUCUUUCAAGAAUCGCCUCCUCCGAAACCACCGGCGGAGAUGCCGACGUAUCCUAGCACGCACAGCGCUCCGGAGAGGGGCGCCGAGCGUAGAAACGCGAAGCGGUCUCGCGGCGCGCUCGACGAGCGCAUCGGUGCGGUUUUCUAG